CUCGCCACAAGCCCACGUCAGUUUUUACCAACAACACAGCGCAUACUAAAAACAACGAGCGCUUCACAAUGAGUGACGGUGCUAUUAGCCUGGAUGCAAAGUUUUUCGUCCGCUCGUUCAUCCGCUUCUUAUCGAAGCAAAUUGACCAGCCCAACUUCAACGAAGAUUCCCGGGAAAGCAUCGAGGUAGCGAUACAGUGCCUGGAAAACGUGUACGAACUGAACGAAGGCGAGGAAGCAGCGGCUGCCGGCACCACCGGGGGAGAAAGCAGUGUGAAAAAAGAGGAUGACCCACGAAACCAUGUGGAUCUCUACGAACUGUACCUCAGCACGUACGUUGAGGUGUCGCCGGAACGCAAACAGGAAGCGGAAGGGCUAAAGAACGACGGUAACCGAUUGAUGAAGGAGGAAAAGUAUCAGGAAGCACUGAACACGUACACAAAGGCAAUUAAUCUAGAUGCAACUAAUCCGGUGUUUUACUGCAACCGGGCCGCUGCAUAUAGCCGACUUGGUGAUUAUGUGCGGGCAGCGGAUGAUUGCCGGAUGGCGCUUCGCCAUGAUCCCAACUACAGCAAAGCGUGGGGCCGUCUUGGGCUAGCCUACUCGAAGAUGAACGAACACAAGCAGGCGGUCACAGCGUACCAGAACGCGAUACGGCUUGAGCCGGAGAAUCAGGACUACAAGAAUAAUCUGGGCGUAUCGCAACAGUUCCUCGAAGAACGCUCACGCAAUCCCGGAGGUGGUGUUGGUGCGGGAGCUAAUCCCAUGGCCAACAUUGACUUUGCCUCGGUCAUCAACAAUCCAGACAUGGUGCAGAUGGCAACCCGUAUGAUGAGCGAUCCGGCUAUGCACAACAUAUUGGGCCAGCUAGGUGGCAUGAACAAUAUGGACGCACUGUUAGAGACUGGUCGACGUUUGGCGAUGCAAAUGAGCAGUGAAAAUCCGGAACUAUUCAACAAUGUCGCACGCCAGAUGGAACAGGCCGGCAUUAACUUGCCGCGCAACAAUCCGCCCAAUCCUGACGGUGAUCAAACACCGCCACCACAACCCCCGUCGGCCUCUUAG